CAACGGCCUUCUACAACAAACUUUUCUGAAAGAUCUACGACGCGUUACCAACCACUUCACGUUCAGUUCCGCGACAGUGAGGAAAUCAUGGCGUCCCCAGACCCAAAGAUCCCAAAGAUCGUCACUAUCGAUCCUGAGGGAGAUCUCACCAUCAAUUUUUACGAACCCAUCAAGGAUGGACCAGAAUACGUUGGAGGUUCCGGCAAGAGGAUCUUUGGUCGUGUCCUUGCCAUCUUCAAAGUCUCUCGACAGGUCGUAUCCAGAAAUUCGCGCCAAUUUGGGAUGAUGCUCAUGGGUGUCUUCCAAGAAGCAGGACAACACGUUAUUGACAUCGAAGAGGGAACCGUCAACAGUCUCGAGCUCUGGUUCCGCGUUCUUCACGAUGCAAUGACCGAUGAGAUGUACUGCAUUCCAAUCGAGGAUGUCUGGGAGGCCAUCGAAGUCUGUGGUUAUCGAAAUUUUGACAUAAAGAGACUCAACACUUGGUUCGAGAAGUGGUUCAGCUCCACGGAUCUCGAGGAGCUCGAGAUCGAAGACAUGUGCACGCUACUUUACCCCUGCCACGAGUUCAACCAUGCUAAGGGCUUUGCGUUCCUUACGAAGUCAUUAGCAUACCAAAUGGCUGGACACAUCACUGAGAUAAACCCAACCUCCCAUCGUCACCUUCACCUUGAAGGGAACGCCAUAGGCUCAAUCAAUGGCGCUCGCGGAAGUUUGAGAUCCAAGAUGCUACGCGGACUUUUUGAGCCGGUCGAUGAAUAUCUCAAGCAACGCUGCUCAUGCAAAGCCGAGGCACUCUUCAGCUAUUGCACGGGACUUAGUAAGACCGGCAUCUGGCCUCUCGAAAGCCACCACAAAAAGUCGGUCCAGACUAUCUUAGACGGUCCGAAUUUUAUCAAAUUCGUGUGCAAACCCCCGCCAAACGCAUGCGUCAAUUGUCUCGAACGGCUCGCUUCAUCCACCCUUACAAAGACGCGCCUUAACGUACUCAGGGACUUUGACGGUCUAUGCUUGGACUGCAUGGACAGGACCAAGCCCAAACUUGGGGGCGUGGAUGAAGAUUACUGGGAGCACGAUCGUCGGAGGGCAUGGUCCUCAGAUUGCCGAAUUACUCAUGAUCAGCCGACAUGGUAUUUCAGCUUUAUGGGUAGGAAGACAGAAAUGAGAGCUCAUCAGCGGAAGAAGAGGUAGCAGCAUAGGACGAGGUAGGAGAUGUGGCCAAAGACUUUCCCUUCCUUUUAGUACCUAUGGUCCCGACGAAAAGAUCCGGUACUGGGAAGUAGCAUUGCAUCUGAGAAUAAGCAAGCUUUGGGGAAUAUGGAGUAACUGAUGGAACAAGUUGGAGGAAGAAAUUCAAGCUGUGGGUUUUCCAUAACUGUUUCAUCUGGCUAGCGGCAAGUGCUUGCCUCUCCCCUUGCUAGAUAGUGCAAAUUC